CAGUACCGAAGGUAUAUUCUUCUUYUCUCACGUUCUUCCAUAAAAUCAAACUUCCAUCGCACCAACUCAUCAGAAUUCGAGAAAAAAACUCUUCUCAAAGUGUCGGAACAACGGCGACUAAUCGUACCCUACUCUUGAGCCGAUUGCGGUUCUAAUUCUUUCGGCGUUUUUUCCCAAAAACAUUAGCAACGCUGCUGCUACAGUAUCAUCCAUUUUCCUCCAUUGUCCCUUUCUUCACAAGUCCUAACAUUACAAUCCCCUAGCAUUUUCCCACGUUGAAGAUGAUGAAACUAAUGAAACCAGUACUUAAUCAAACACCAGACACUUCUAGUGUGGACAAAAUGACACGCAGCAUUUCAGCAUCGACUAUCCCAACUUUGGACUCCACGUUACAUUCCGACGACUCAACAUGUAGCUUCACUCCCAGUGAAGACGAACAAGCAUUCUACGGAAGAAAUGAAGCCGCUCAAGAUAUAACAUCGAGUUGCUCACACUCUCCUUGCGCACCACUAGGUCCCUCAAGCCCUGAAUCCCCGGCCUCASCGGUAGAAGCUACAGCUACUSCAACUAGCACCAGUUCCUCAGGGAAGAAACGUGUUCGAUUUGGUUCCCUUGUCAUACAUGAACAUGCCGUUCAACUGGGAGGAUCGGGAGUACCYGGAAGUGGUCCGUCAAUAUCACUGGGAUGGAGGGAAGAAAAUUGUUAUACGGUGGAUUCCUUGGAAGAAUACGAGGAUUCUCGCCCGUGUCUGCCUCGCAAGAGCAUUGAGAUGUUGCAACCGAAGUCUCAACGCGUUGAUCUACUUCUUAAUGCAGGUUACUCCAUGAAUCAAAUUCGAGUGUGCAGUAAUGAAUGCGAUGAAAUAAGGAAACUCCGAUCCCGGACAGUGAGCCGCGUACAGUUUGGAUACCGAACAAAAUCAAACCUGAAAAAGUUAUUGACUUGGAARAAAGAGCAACCCAAGAACGAAUAAAUCGUUAGCACCGUUGACACUGUUCGGGAAACUAUUCCCUARCACAACAUAUGUUGCCAUGAACUAAAACACUAGAUACGAA